UGCAUAGCGAUAAGUUUAUAUGAACUUUUCACAAAGUUUCUGAACACCGAGAUAUAAACAACAGUUGUCAUAGUAACAGUAAAUUCAACGUUGUUGAAAAAGUCAGAUGGAGAAUACAAAGCCAACUGGGAUGCGGCGUGCAUCUCAUUGGUCUACUGAAGUCGAAAAUGCAUAUAGGUUUCAGUUGGCGGGUUACAGAGACGAAGUGGAAUAUUUUAACUAUAAUAAUGCUGACCCAGAGAAGUGGACAAAUACGGGAUUUGUUAAAAAACUGAAGCGACGAGAUGGUCUGUUCUACUAUUUUAACAAGAAUAGGGAGUGUUCAGACAAAGAUAUACCGAAAUGCAAACUAUACGUAUAUUAAUAAACAAAAUACAAUUCAGUGAAUAAUAUCCAUCAACCUUUAUUUCUAGAAGUUCUUGACAGUGCGUACUCUGUUUAACAAAGGGUGUGAAAAUUUUACACGAGGGUAAAGCAACAAUUAAUAAACUAUUUCAACCACAAAACCUGUCGGUGUUUCUUCGCUUGUUGUUUAUUCCUAAUACAAGAGAUUUACUGCAAUCCUCUGACGUCUUGGUAAGAGAAAGGCUUUUGCCGAUUAUGAGUGGUUGUGUUGACUGCAUACAUAGUCUGAUCAUAGUUGAAACAAAUAUUUUUCCUCAACUCAGUCGAAGAAGAAAGAAGAGCACUGUAUAUUGUUUGACAGUUUAGCUAAAUACUACAUAUUCAUUUUAAAGAAGUCUAAAGAAUGAAAAGCUUUCUUUAAUUGUGACGAUGAGGAUGCCCUGUUUAACCUGCAGGGUCUGGUACUAUGUCAAGCCUGCACAGGUUAUUCUAGCCUUUGGACAGACCAAUUUAUUUAUUCUUCUGGAGCCGUAUUUUGAUCUUGUUAAUUAAUCGCUUAUCAACCCCAACCGUUUUUACGUAAGCGUAUGUAUGUAAAUUUCUUAUCUUAAACAUCACAUAUAUGCAGCUUAUUUUUGUUCGACUAUAAAUAUCAAUUCAUGGUCGGUUAAAUCAAGUUGGCUUACUCGCCUUCUUCACCGCGCAUCAAUCCGUUUCGCUUUGCCAUCUCCUCUUCGCUUUCUUCUCUUCGCUUUCUUCUCUUCGUCUCUCUGAACGUCUAUUCUGAUCGACGAUUGUACUAAAU